AUGUUUUUACGAUGGCUGAUCCGCGGGUCAGCUCGUGGGAGUAAAAUAGGUCAUGGUCGGCACAAGAGGGAAUUGAAUGCUCGGAUUCAGAUUGAAUAUGAUCAUUCUAGUGAAAAUGAAACGAUUAGAUAUUCAAAGAGGAACAAAGAAUCUCAUGUUCCGAGAAGAAAAAUUAAGAACGGAGAUGGAAAGUUCGAUGAGGCGAUGCAGAAUAAGACUUCAGCCCGGCGAGCUAUUCAAAGGCUUCCAAGCAAAGGAACUGCCAUUGCUAGAGCUCUUGAAAGAAGCAUCCCAGAAAGCUUUUGCGACGAACACAUGGAGCAAAUUCCGGAAGAUGUGACCCUUAAAUAUAAGCAUAAAUCAUGGCGUGUAAGGAUGAUUAUUUGCUCAGACAGAGCAGGCCGAUUUAGCAUCGGCUGGCGGGCAUUUGUACAGCGAAAUAAGCUCAAAGUUGGAGACGUUUGUGUGUUUAAGAUGAUCAAGAAAACAAAUAUUGUUUUCGAAGUCUCCAUUUUCAGAGAUGGUUUAACUCUUGGUUGA